AUGGGUUUAGUUGGGGUGGCGCUAGCCGUCAGCAUCAUUUCCUUCGUUCUCAGCUGGAUAACUCGAAAAGCCAAAUAUGUCUAUGAGCGGAUCUCAGCAUUACAGGGACCACAUGCACUACCUAUACUCGGAAAUUUCCAUCAGUUACAUGUCAACCCCGUAGAAUUUUUCGAGCAAGCCCAAGGUAUUUCGUAUAUGUUCAACCAAAAUAACGACCGGAUAACCAGGGUGUGGAUCUCGGGUAUGCCAUUUGUGGUGCUGUAUGGAGCAGAAGAAGUAGAAGCGGUACUUGGAAGCAAUAAACUAUUGCAUAAGCCUAUCCACUAUUCCUUUCUUUCGGCUUGGAUUGGACAAGGACUGCUGAUCAGCGAACCAGCAAAAUGGCGCCCAAGGCGCAAGCUGCUAACACCGACCUUUCAUUAUGAUAUUUUGAAGGAUUUUGUCGAGGUUUACAACCGUCAUGCACGGACUCUGCUUUCAAAAUUUCAAGCCUUGACGACUGUCGAGGAAUAUACCGACAUCUUCCACACCAUCACCCUAUGCACAUUGGACAUUAUCUGUGAAGCAGCUCUCGGCACGUGCAUUGAUGCCCAAAACAAUCCCAACUCACCGUACCUCGAAGCUGUUGUAAAGAUCAAAUUCUUACUCCACAAACGAAUGAUAAAUCCACAAUACUAUCCAGACUUCAUCUUCAAUCUAUUUGGCGAAGGCCGCGAACAGAAGAAGUGCGUCAAGGUGCUGCACGACUUCACGAACAAGGCCAUCGUAGCGCGGAAGAAACUGGCGGACCAAGCAGGCGGUGUCAAUAAAUUGAUUGAGCAGGAAAAGGCCGAAGGAAGAAGAAGAAUGGCCUUCCUUGAUUUAAUGCUUGACAUGCAUGCGAAGGGAGAAUUGGAGAUGAGUGGCAUUCAAGAAGAAGUCGAUACCUUCACUUUUGAGGGUCACGACACUACUUCAACAACCGCCAAUUGGUUUUUCCAUUUGAUGGGGGCCAACCCAGAAUGCCAAGCAAAAUGCCAACAAGAAAUCGAUGAGAUCAUGGGACCUGAAGAUCGCCCAUUGACUUUUGAAGACCUAGGGCGAUUUCGUUAUCUCGAGGCUUGCCUCAAAGAAACGAUGCGACUGUAUCCGGCCGUCCCAUUAAUAGCAAGAUAUGUGGCCGAAGACGCAAAGAUUAAAGACUACGUGCUACCAAAAGGCACCAAUAUCAUCAUGGUUGCCUCAAUGGUCCAUAAAGAUCCUCGAUACUGGGAAGAUCCUGAAAUCUUCCGGCCUGAGCGAUUCCUCGAGAGCGACAUGAAGCAUCCGUAUGCCUAUAUUCCAUUUUCGGCAGGUGCCAGGAAUUGUAUAGGUCAACGCUUUGCAAUUAUGGAAGAGAAAACGAUCGCAGCAACCAUCUUACGGCAUCUGAAGGUGCGCGCGUUGCGAAGAACAGACGAAAUGCGAGUGGCAGCCGAACUCAUUAUACGCCCACUUUACGGAAAUCAUCUGAAGUUCGAACAUCGUAAAUUCGGCGACUAUAUCCCAGUAGCAGCCCCC